AUGAGCACGAGUAUCUUCCCCAAAGCGGCGCUUCCGGUCCGGCAGCUCUCCCCGGCGCAAAUAUGCCGUCGCCAGAGGUUAAAACCAUGCGCUGCCCGAUCCGCCCCUGCCGCAAGCUACUCGGUGGUUUGUAGAGCUCCUGGUCGACCGUCGUCAAAACCGCGGGCUCAGCCGUCUGUUUCUCGGCCAAGGGUUGGUCCCCAAGCGAGGCGCUCCGGCUCCCCCGCAGCUGCUCACAGAGGACAGCAUGUCUACUUCCACACAACCCGGCCACUACUUGCUACACCAAAGGACCCCUACGGCACGCUGGGAGUCAGCAAGAGCGCAUCCGCGGCCGAGAUCAAGAAAGCCUACUACGGCCUGGCGAAGAAGUACCACCCAGACACGAACAAGGACCCCAACGCCAAAGACAAGUUCGCCGAGAUCCAGUCAGCCUACGAGAUCCUCUCCGACCCCAAGAAGCGGGAGCAGUUCGAUCAGUUCGGCGCCGCCGGGUUCGAUCCCAGUGCCGGGCCCGGCCCCGGCCCGGGCGCCGGCCACCCCUUCGGAGGCGGGCAUCCGUUCAGCGGCUUCGGUGGAUCGGGCGGCUUCGGCGCCAACAUCAACUUCGACGACAUAUUCUCGGCAUUCACAGGCGGGGCCAAUCCCUUUGGCGGGCGCGGCGGGCGCGGCGGGCCGUUCCAGACGGAGAUCUUGCAGGGCGAAGACAUCGAGGUGCAAGUGACGGUGUCGUUCAUGGAGGCCGCCAAGGGAGCCAGCAAGACCAUUACAACGCUUCCACUGGUGACAUGCAGUACGUGCAGCGGCAGCGGUUUGAAGCAGGGCACCAAGCGGUCCAGUUGCAAGACGUGCGGCGGGACAGGUACGCGCGUGCACUUCAUGUCGGGCGGGUUCCAGAUGGCCAGCACGUGUUCGAGCUGCGGCGGGAGUGGCGUCGCGAUCCCCCGUGGAUCCGAAUGCGGGUCGUGUCGGGGUGAGGGCGUGGUCAGGGAGCGCAAGACGCUCACGGUCGACAUCCCCGGCGGCAUAGAGGACGGCAUGCGACUGCGGGUCAGCGGGGAGGGUGACGCACCACUAACCGGCCGUGCCGCCGGUCAGGACGUGCGCGGUGUCAACGGAGACCUCUACGUCUUCGUCAAGGUUGCGCGCGACCCGCAGUUCAGUCGGGAGGGGUCGGACAUCCUGUACACGGCCACCAUCCCGCUCACUACCGCCAUCCUCGGCGGCGAGGUGGUCAUCCCGACCCUCGAAGGCGAUGCCAAGGUCCGUGUCGCCACCGGCACCAACACAGGCGACAAGAUGACGCUGGCGGGCAAGGGCAUGCCCAAGCUUGGCGGGCGGCGUGGACGGAUGGGCGACCUCAAGGUGGAGUUCCGCGUCGCCAUGCCCAAGUACCUCAGCUCCAACCAGCGGGCGCUUGUCGAGAUGCUGGCGGACGAGCUAGGCGACAAGUCCGCCAAGCGGAUCAUGAACCUGCACAAGACGACGGCUUCCGCAAACGACAACGACCCCGAGUCCCACAAAAACGAAGGCUUCCUGAAGUCCCUCUGGCAUAACCUCACCAACCAUCCAGCGCAUCAGCAGAAGCCAUCUGACGGCAGUGGCAGCGAAAGCAGUGGCGACUCUGAUGCCAAGAAAAACAACCAAUCCGGCACCGGCUCGUCAUGA